GUCCAUCAGACGGUCCUACAAGGGGCCCGGGAGCAGAGAGAUCUGGAGCAGAAACUCAUCAGCAUGAAACACAGGGAGGUUUCAGAUGAGGACGCCGUCUUCCAGAGCGAGGGAGAAACCUCAGAGAUAGUGAUUGAAGGCUACCUCUAUAAGCGGGCCAGUAACACCUUUAAGACCUGGAGCCGUCGGUGGUUUUCCAUUCAGAACAAUCAGCUGGUUUAUCAAAAGAAGGUGGAGCCUGUGACGGUUGUUAUCGUGGACCUCCGGCUCUGCGCUGUCAAAUUGUGUCCCGAUGCCGACCGGCGGUUUUGCUUUGAGGUUGUGUCGCCAUCAAAGUCCUGCAUGCUGCAGGCGGAGUCUGAGCGCGUCCUGCAGCUGUGGGUGAGCGCGGUUCAGAGGAGCAUCACCACGGCGUACAGCGAAAACAAGAGGGACAGCGGAAGUUUUAGAUUGCCCCGUUCACCAGCUGAGGCUCCGGCACCGCAGAAGGGUGGAGUGCCGGGCGUACAGGAUGCCAUACUGAGAGUAGCCGGAAAUGCGGCCUGCUGUGACUGCCGAGCCGCGGAGCCCGAGUGGGCGAGCAUCAAUCUAGGGGUGACCCUGUGUAUCGAGUGCAGCGGAAUUCACAGGAGCCUGGGCGUCCAUUUCUCCAAGGUCCGAUCACUAACACUUGACACCUGGGAGCCGGAGCUUGUUAAGCUCAUGUGUGAACUUGGGAACAACAUUAUCAAUUCCAUCUACGAGGCUCGAAUCGAUGAGAUGAACAUAAAGAGACCAACAUCUUCCAGCACACGCAGCGAGAAGGAAAUCUGGAUCAAAGCAAAAUACGUGGAGAAGAAAUUCAUCACCAAACUUCCCCAGAUGGCUCUGCGCAGCAACCCGCAUCAAGGUAACGCGCUCACCCGUCCAAUCAGCUACCCGGAGAGCAGGACCCUGGAGGUCAGACCCCCCUCUGCCAUGUCCAGCAAGUGGCCACCCAGCAGCAUGGAGAAAGAAGGCAGCCGGACGGAUGGAAGUCUCAAAAAGGCCAACAGAGAGGUGGAGUCUGAGCUUAACCGACCAAUCAGCCGACUGCACAGGCCCACUAAACCUCACCUGAAACCAAAGCCAGGGACGGCUCCUCCCCCACCCAGCGCUGCCAUGUCUGGAACGGGGGAUGAGAAGGACGUGCGAAAUCUACACCCCGGGGCACUUUUAUACCGUGCUGCUGAACACCGCUAUCUUCCCACCAUGGCGGAUGCCCUGGCACAUGGGGCGGACGUGAACUGGGUACGCAGUGAUGAGGACGGGCGGACGCCACUUAUCCGAGCUGUGCUCUCUGAUUCUCUUGUUGCCUGCGAGUUUCUUCUGCAGAAUGGGGCAAGUGUCAAUCAUGCUGAUAAAGAUGGGCGAGGACCCCUCCAUCACGCCACGCUGCAGGGCUACACGGGGUUGGCUUGUUUGUUUCUGAAGAGAGGAGCCGACAUUAACGCCUUGGACAAUGAAAGAAAGGACGUCCUCUCCAUCGCCAUAGAAAAAGCCAAUGCUGACAUCGUAACCUUGCUGAGAUUGGUGAAGAUGAGGGAGGCGGACAUUGCCCUUGGCCAGGCCG